AACACCGCAGCAGACGAUGAUGGUUUGAUGAGUGUUAAGGAAGAACAUUUUAACAAUGGUUUCAAAUCUAUGCCAUAGUUCUUAUCUCCCUAUAAAUACCAAAUCCCAAUUUCUUUCUCUCCAUCCACACACUUUCCUUUCAGGCACCCAUCUAAGAUUACCCAAUAAGAAGCAACUCUCAAUUUCUGAUUUUCGAAUUCGCAGACAUUUCUUCAAUCGAGUGUUUCCAGUGGUAUCAUCCAAGAGGAACGUAGGGGAAGAUAAAGAGAUGACGAUAAAACCUGUUGUUCGUGUUUCGGAGGGGAAGCUGGUGGUGAAGGAGCGAACGAUUUUGACCGGAAUGCCGGAGAACGUGGUGGAGACAUCGACGGUGGAAGGAAUGUUUCUCGGAGUGGAUUUCGAGAAGGAAGACAGUAGGCAGGUGGUUUCGUUGGGAACGUUGAAGGACGUCCGGUUCAUGGCGUGCUUCCGGUUCAAGCUGUGGUGGAUGGCCCAGAAAAUGGGAGAUCGAGGAAGGGACAUUCCGUUGGAGACUCAAUUUCUGUUGGUGGAAACCAAAGAUGGGUCCCACCUGGAGUCAGAUAACGACAAAAACCAGAACCAGAUCGUGUACACAGUCUUUCUACCUCUCGUGGAAGGCUCAUUCAGAGCGUGCCUCCAGGGUGACUCCAACGACCAACUCCAGCUCUGCCUCGAGAGUGGCGACGUCGACAUUAAAACGUCGUCGUUCACCCACGCUCUCUUCAUCAGCGCCGGCACCGACCCAUUCGCCACCAUUCACCACGCAUUCCGUUCAGUUCGGAACCACCUCAAGACUUUCCGCCUCCGCCACGAGAAGAAACUCCCUGGCAUCGUGGAUUGCUUCGGCUGGUGCACUUGGGAUGCUUUCUACCAGGAAGUCACUCAGGAAGGAGUCGAGGCCGGAAUUCAAUCCCUUGCAGGCGGCGGCACGCCGCCGAAGUUCGUCAUAAUCGACGACGGCUGGCAGUCGGUGGGCGGUGACGACAAGAACUCAAAUUCGUUGCAGAGGCUAACUGGAAUAAAAGAGAACGCGAAGUUCCAGAAGAAGGAGGAGCCAGAAUUAGGGAUUAAGAACAUCGUGGAGAUAGCGAAGAAGAAGCAUUCGGUGAAAAACGUGUACGUAUGGCACGCGAUCACGGGUUACUGGGGAGGGGUUCGUCCAGGGGUGAAGGAAAUGGAAGAAUACGGCUCCGUAAUGAAGUACCCGAACGUGUCGAGUGGAGUAACAGAGAACGAGCCCACGUGGAAAGUGGACCCGUUAGCGGUUCAGGGGUUGGGCCUGGUGAACCCGAAGAAGGUGUUCACGUUUUACGACCAAUUACACAGUUAUCUGGCGUCCGCGGGUGUCGACGGCGUUAAGGUGGACGUGCAAUGCAUCUUAGAGACUCUGGGUGCAGGACUCGGUGGAAGGGUGGAACUCACGAGGAAUUACCAUCAGGCCCUUGACGCUUCGAUUUCUAGAAACUUCCCUGACAAUGGGUGCAUCGCCUGCAUGAGCCACAACACGGACGCGCUCUACUGCUCCAAACAGACGGCGGUGGUGAGGGCUUCCGAUGAUUUCUACCCGCGUGAUCCGGUGUCGCACACUAUCCACGUGGCGUCCGUGGCAUACAAUAGCGUUUUCCUUGGGGAGAUUAUGUUGCCGGAUUGGGAUAUGUUUCACUCCCUUCACCCUGCUGCGGAGUACCACGCUUCCGCUAGGGCCAUCAGCGGUGGGCCCAUCUACGUCAGCGACGCGCCGGGGAAGCAUAACUUUGAUCUGCUCAAGAAACUGGUCUUGCCCGAUGGGUCGAUUUUACGGGCCCGUCUACCAGGAAGGCCCACUAAGGAUUGCUUGUUCACCGACCCGGCCCGCGAUGGAGUUAGUCUGCUGAAAAUAUGGAAUAUGAACAAGUUGGGUGGGGUGUUGGGGGUUUAUAACUGUCAAGGUGCUGCCUGGAGUGCUACUGAGAGGAAGAAUGCGUUUCAUAGUACGGACUAUUCUGGUGGUGAUGCCAUCACUGGAUAUGUGAGGGCUUGUGAUGUUCACCUCAUUGCGGAGGCUGCUGAUGACGCCCAUGAUUGGAACGGUGAUUGUGCGCUCUACUCUCACCACUCCGGGCAGCUGAUUGUUCUUCCUCACAAUGUGGCGCUGCCGGUGUCCCUUAAGGUGUUGGAGCACGAGGUGUAUGCUGUUGCGCCUAUUAAGAAGGUUUUGGGUGGUGGCUACAGCUUUGCGCCUCUUGGACUUGUGAACAUGUUCAAUGCUGGUGCUGCUGUUGAAGGGCUGGUCUUCGAGGAGGAUGGGUUGGUUCGUUUGGAGAUCAAAGGGUGUGGUAAGUUUGGGGCUUAUUCUUCUGCCAGACCAACAAAGUGUUUGCUGGGAAACCAUGAGCUGCUGGAUUUCGAUUACGAUGCUGAUUCAGGCUUGCUCACCUUCAACAUAGAUCAUUUGCCCCAAGAGGGACACUGGGUUCACUUAGUUGAGUUAGUUUACAGUCUUUCUUGUUAGUUAGUUGCAAUCAGAGAGGGAGAGGACAUUGCUAUGCUUUUGUGGUAUUUCUUUCUUUUGCUGGGUAGGAUAGAAUAGACAAGGAGAGGGUUUUCAACAAUUUCCACUUUGUAAGAUUUCACGAGCUACCUGUUAUGGAAUUUCGAUAGGAAUUGAAUACAUGUUUCUUACUCUUCUUUCUUCUUAAA